AUGGCUAGGGUUAGUGCUUGUAGUAGCUCUCCUUUGUACUCUUUGCUCUUGAUCUCAGCCCUUGUGUUUGCUUCCCAUUUUCUUGCAUCCGAGGCACAAAAACAGCCCCCAGUAGUGAAGGGAUUGUCAUUUUCGUUCUUUUCCAAAAAUUGUCCUAAUCUUGAAACCAUUGUGAGAAAUCAUCUCAAGAAGGUGUUCCAGCAGGACAAUGGCCAAGCUCCUGGCUUACUCCGUAUCUUCUUCCAUGACUGCUUUGUUCAAGGAUGCGAUGGGUCAUUGCUGUUGGAUGGAAAACCAGGUGAGAGGGAUCAAGUAGCUAAUGGAGGCAUAAGGACAGAGGCAUUGAAGACCAUAGAUGACCUGCGAGGUCUUGUCCAUAACGAGUGUGGAAGGAUAGUGUCCUGUGCCGACAUCACUGUCUUGGCAGCUCGAGAUGCUGUCUUCCUUUCUGGAGGUCCUGAUUUUGCAGUGCCCCUAGGAAGAAGGGAUGGCCUAACAUUCAACAAUGAUGGAACAAAAAAGCUUCCAUCUCCAUUUAGCAACACCAGUGAAACCAUAAAAAGAUUUGCAGAAAAAAACUUUGAUGUCACAGAUGUGGUAGCCUUCUCAGGUGCACAUACCUUUGGCCGUGCACAUUGUGGCACAUUCUUCAAUAGGCUUUCCCCUCUUGAUCCCACUAUGGACAAAACCUUAGCCAAAAAUCUCAAAUCCACAUGCCCAGAUCAAAAUUCAGCUAACACAGCAAACUUGGAUAUUAGGACCCCAACAUUGUUUGAUAACAAAUACUACAUUGACCUACAGAGCAAACAGGGUGUGUUCACCUCAGAUCAGGACUUGCUCAAUGAUCAGAGGACAAAAGGGUUGGUAAAUUCCUUUGCAAUUGAUCAGAACCUGUUUUUCCAAAAGUUUGUGAAUGCUGUGAUAAAGUUGAGCCAAUUGGAUGUGUUAACUGGGAAUCAAGGUGAAAUUCGUGCAAAGUGCAAUGUGAUUAACAAGAAGCAAUCUAUUUUGACUUCUGUGGUGGAAGAAGUGGUAGAAUUGACUAUUUAA